GUUUGCUUCAUAUGUCUUAAUGAGAGCAGUCUCUGGAUAAUUGCAAGACAAUAAAUAUAAAGGCUUAAAUGACAGUGCCUAGGUGGAUUUGAUAAAUGUCUACGUAUAACAUCAUUAUUGUACAUAUCAACAGUUGAAGGAAUACAUGUACUUUGGGUUUAGAAGCGAAGAGACAAUGUACCCAUACAGUGAAAUAACGUCUGACGGCUACUCACUAUCUUUGAACGAAGGCAACGGUCACUCCUGCGCUUACGCCUCAGCGCACUGCCGAGGCCGAAACGACCAGGACGCUGAACGCAACGACGCCAUGAUCAUCGGCACGAACAACGCUUCCAUGACGGGAUCGCUCGACAACGGCUAUAGCCAUCACCACCAUCACCACCACCGGCACUCGCACGUCCUGGCCCCCGUCGGCGGGGCGGAGCACGGCGAGCGACGAUGCUUGCUGUGGGCGUGCUCGGCAUGCAAAAAGAAAAAGAAAUCGAGCCUCUUCGACAAGCGGCGGGCGGCGACGCAACGGGAGAGACGGCGACUCUGCAAGGUGAACUCCGCCUUCGAGAUCCUCAAACAGCGGACUUGCUCAAAUCCAGAACAACGGAUGCCAAAAGUGACUAUUUUGAGGAAUGCUAUACAGUAUAUCGAAAGAUUGCAAUUGAUGUUGCACGAAGCCGAUGACCAGGAGGCCUAUUUGAGCUCGUAUGGGGGCAUGGAUUGCAGGGAUAUUGAUCUAUGUGAUGAGAUAAGGCACGGAGGAGGCAUGAUGAAUGGAGGGAAUCAUCCGAGUCUUGGGCAUGAGACUAGCUGUAGAAGAGUUAAAAUCGAGGAUCGAGUCUCUAGCUUGGACUCCCUCUCACUGAUGGUAGAUAACAUCAACACACCUUGUACUUUUCCAGGAGGAAAGGAAUGUCGGGACAAGGACAAGGGCGCCACCUAG